AUGACAGCGAGAGUCCUUAAUGCAACAAAAUGGUUUACUCGAGAUGCUGAUGUUUCUCAAGAAUCUGCUGAUAUUCAAGCUAGUAUUGACACACUACAAUAUCUUCCUAAAGCUAGAAUCUUCGAUUUGUUUAAUAGGAAAUACACCCGUGCUGUCAUUAUUGGAGUUGGAUUAAUGGUGUUCCAACAGUUUGGAGGAAUAAAUGGAAUCGGUUUCUAUGCAAGUGAAACGUUUGUGGCUGCCGGAUUUUCUUCAGGGAAAUUUGGAACAAUUGAUUAUGCUAUAAUUCAGGUUUGUUAG